GAGCCAAGCGGUCAAACUAUCAGUAACAGUUGGACUACUUUGCUGUGGGAAUUCCUGACUUGGGGUUGAAAUACUUUUGUUAAAUGUUGUUUGCUGGGACAAGCCUAAAUAAUUGUCGGUCCUGACUCAGUCGUGUCUCCCGCAGCGCGCGCUUUUUACCUGUCUGUGGAGCAAAUGUGUCAACUGGCGAGCAACGGUUUCCGCUCGAGCAGUGUUGUGAUGGCUAGCCGUCGUCGCUAGCAGGCUAGCUAGCUGUAUGUAUGGCACUGCUGCAAAAAGAAGGCGAUAAUUAGCUUGCAAAGCGGGCUACGUUUGCUUGCUAGUUUAUUGUGUGGACAGUUCGCUACCUCUUAACACUACCGACAAGGCCACUUAACGGAUAAUGCGUUGGAUAUCACGUUAAGGAAGAACACCAGAUGGAAAUAUCACAUUAAUACCAAGGGGAUUACUCAUCAUGCAUUUCAAAAUUAUGGAGUGAAUUUCUUCAUACCAUCAUGCGCAAAUCAAAUCUCGACCACUGCUGCAGAGAUUUCCUGUCCCUGUAUCUGGAUUUAUAAAGCAGUUUUUAAUGAUCAGCAGCGGCGACUGGAUGUGCAGUCUUAUCUUUUUUUCCCCACUGUGCUUCCGGUAAAACAUUAAUUAUGUGUCUACACGGGUUUGAUAUGCUCAUAUUCCGAUAAACAUUAGCGUGAUUUUUUGCGAAGGAAGUCCAAAGAAGGAAGUCCAGGACGGGAUAGGUGGACAUUGACUACCAGCUCCCGAAGAAACAUGGCCUCGGUUUGGAAGAGACUGCAACGUGUGGGGAAGCAUGCAUCCAAAUUCCAGUUUGUGGCUUCCUAUCAGGAACUGAUGGUGGAAUGCACUAAGAAAUGGCAACCAGACAAACUGGUGGUGGUCUGGACACGGAGGAGUCGGAGGAAAUCCUCCAAGUCCCACAGCUGGCAGCCUGGCAUCAAAAAUCCCUACAGAGGAGUGGUGGUGUGGCCUGUACCGGAGAACAUAGAGAUCACGGUCACUCUUUUUAAGGACCCCCAUGCAGAGGAGUUUGAAGACAAAGAGUGGACAUUCGUCAUUGAAAAUGAGUCUCCAUCAGGGCGGAGGAAGGCCUUGGCUACCAGCAGUAUAAACAUGAAACAGUACGCCAGUCCGAUGCCCACGCAGACCGAUGUCAAGCUCAAGUUCAAGCCGCUGUCGAAGAAGGUGGUGUCGGCCACGCUGCAGUUCUCCCUCUCCUGCAUCUUCCUCCGUGAGGGAAAGGCCACUGAUGAGGACAUGCAGAGCCUGGCCAGCCUGAUGAGCAUGAAGCAGGCAGACAUCGGUAACCUGGACGACUUUGAGGAGGAGAACGAGGAGGAUGAGGAGAAUAGGGUGAACCAGGAGGAGAAGGCUGCCAAGAUCUCAGAGAUAGUAAACCAGUUGAAUGCCCUCAGCUGCUUACAUGCGGAUGAUGAUGAUGGUGAUGAUGGUGGUGUCCUUAUGCGAGCACGCAAAGCAACCGCUAAGCCUGCCGCUUCCUCCCAAGAGCUCAUCAACAAGUUGAACUUCCUGGACGACGAGGAUCAGGAAGUGCCUGCCGACAUGUGCUCAAAUCCCUUCGAGGAUCCUGAUGACGACCUUCAUCCGAACCACCUUAACCCAUUUGGUGAUCCUGACGAAGAAGAGCCCCCUGCCCAGCCGGUCUUAAGGCAGCGGGUUGACGAUAACUCCUUCUACGACCAAGAUACCUCGAAUCCGUUUGAUGACCCGGACGAACCGGAGACAGACACAGCUCCGGGGAAUCCCUUUGAAGACGCCGACCCAGACACGGACCUCCAGCCAGACCCAGAACCCCCCAAACCUAGGCAGAGGAAAGGAGUGCGGCCUGUCGACAUGAGCAAGUACCUGUACGCAGACACGGCGCGGGAGGAGGAGGAGCUCGACGAAUCCAACCCGUUCUACGAGCCAAGAACAUCCAGCCCUGUGCACCCUCCCGCUGGUAGCCCCUCUCUGGAUGUGGGCAACAGCCAGAAGAGGAGGCCCCCCCCGCCCCCCAGUUCCAGCCCUGGCCUGGGCCCCAGUCCGCCUGCUCCCAAACCCAGCGCUGCACCAGACAGAGAGAGAACCCAGCCGGUCGGGCCCAGCCCGGUCGCAGUGGUGAUGGGGAGAGAGCUGGCCUCCUCCUCCCCCAAGCCCAGCCCCAUCCCGAGCCCGGUUCUGGGAGGGAAGCCCAACGCCAGCCAGUCUCUGCUGGUGUGGUGCCGCGAGGUCACCAAGAACUACCGCGGGGUCAAGAUCACCAACUUCACCACCUCCUGGAGGAACGGGCUGGCCUUCUGCGCCCUGCUGCACCACUUCAGGCCGGACACAAUAGACUACAAGUCGCUCAAUCCUCAGGAUAUUAAAGAAAACAACAAAAAGGCUUACGAUGGUUUUGCGAGCCUGGGUAUCUCCCGUCUCCUGGAACCCUCUGACAUGGUGCUGCUGGCCAUCCCCGACAAGCUCACGGUGAUGACCUACCUGUACCAGAUCCGCGCCCACUUCUCCGGGGAGGAACUGAACGUGGUGCAGAUCGAGGCCAACAGCAGCCGCAGCACCUACAAGGUGGGAGACUUUGAGACGGACACCAACGCCUCCAUUGGUCAGGACAAGUUCUACGCUGAGAUCAACGACGUGCAGCACCACCAGGCUAGCUCUGAGACGGUAGACGCCGCUGAGUCUAAUGGCACUAAAGCUGCUGAGGAAGAGGUGACGGAGCCAGGUUGGAAGGCGGAGGUCGGAGCGGUCAGCUUGCCAGCAUCAGGCGCUUUAAAGUCUCCUCCGGUCCCGUCGCCGCGCACAGCAUUAGCCGCCUCAGCAACGAGCUCUGAGGACAGGGGGGGUCUUCUCAAAGCCAAAACUUUAGACCUCAGCGAGUUACCUCACAGAGAGAUGGAGACGGAGAGACAGCAGCCGGAGGAGGUGGGAGAGGAGAGACGGGAGGGAAGUACAGAGCCAGGGUCCCCCACAAGGAAAGGGGCCUCCCCGCCCCACCAGAAACUGGGCUUCUCCUAUAACAGGGAUGCAGACCUCAUCAAGAAAAAGAGGGCCAGCCUGCGUCACUCCGAGUCUGAGCCCGCUUCAGAGAGCACCCCCCCUCCCGCCAACCACACAGACAACACCCCCAAACAGGAGCCGACAGCUGUAUCAAGCCCCCCCGCUGAGAAGAGGGUGCUCUCUCGUCAGGAGGAGCUGAAGGAGAGAGCCCGUCUCCUCCUGGAGCAGGCCCGCAGAGACGCCGCCAUGAAGGCCGGCAACAAGAACGUCCCCAACGCAGCCCUCACUGCUCCGAACAGGGCCACCAGCGUCUGUGAUGAGCGCGAUGCAGAGCGGCGGAGGCAGCUGAGGGAGCGAGCCCGGCAGCUCAUCGCUGAGGCUCGAUCCGGAGUCAAGAUGUCCGACAUGAGCCUGGACGCCUCCAUCACUGACAGAGGAAAGGGCGGCAAGACUAGCCCUGCUGGAGAUGUUUUGGAUGGAGUGGGAAGUCAUCUUGAGGAUGAUGGUGGUGAUGGUGAAAGGGGUGAGGAGGAGGAAGAGGCAAGGGUGGAGCAAGAGCAGCUCCAUCUUCUUGGUGGUGGUGGUGGUGGUGCUGAUGAUGGUGAUGGUGACACUGAUACUGUUGCUGCCACAUCUGCUUCUGCGCUGGCUACUAACCCACUGCCUCUGGAGGAAAAUCGUGCAGCCACCUCCAGCUUCCCCCUGUGUCUGGAGCUUACUAACCCAGACUCUGAGCUAACUUCUCUGGGCACAAACAGUAAACAUGUGGACCUGAAGCUGAAGAAGCUGGUGGAGGACAGCCCAAGAAGAUUCACCUCCCCUUCAUCCCCUUCCUCCACGUCUUCCUCAUCCUCACCCACCGCCUCCUCCACCUCCCCUGCCAGCCCUGCAGAAGGACUGGAGAAUAACGCUGAGGAGUUGCGAGCAGAGCGUCUGCGCAGAGCGACCGAGAGGUUGCGGAGCCCGGUCGUCUUCAACAAGGAUUCUGCCGUCAGGAAAACUCAGCUGAAGUCCUUCAGCCAGUACGUGGAGAGCAGACCAGAGGUGAAGAGACAGAAGUCCAUUCCUGAGGAUCUGAAGAAGGCUGAGGAGGACCGAGGCUCACCGACGGAUCUCGAUAUUCGCCGACCAUUUGAAGAGGAGAAGGCGUUCAAAGACACCAGUCAGUAUGUGGUUGGGGAGCUGUCUGCGCUGGAGAGCGAGCAGAGGCACAUCGACGCCCGAGCAGCUCGCGUGGAGAAGAGGCUGCGCUAUCUCAUGGACACAGGUAACAAACAGGAGGAGGAGGAGGCCAUGAUGCAGGAGUGGUUCAUGUUGGUCAACAAGAAGAACGCCCUCAUCAGGCGACAGAACCAGCUCUCUCUGCUGGAGAAAGAGCACGAUCUGGAGAGACGCUUCGAACUGCUGAACAGAGAGCUGAGAGCCAUGCUGGCCAUCGAGGACUGGCAGAAGACGGAGGCUCAGAAGAGGCGAGAGCAGCUGCUGCUGGACGAGCUGGUCAUCCUGGUCAACAAACGCGACGCGCUGGUGCGGGACCUGGACGCCCAGGAGAAACAGGCCGAGGAGGAGGACGAGCACCUGGAGAGAACGCUGGAGCAGAACAAAGGAAAGAUGGCCAAGAAAGAGGAGAAGUGUGUGCUUCAAUGAUUGUCACGUCAGAAAGAAACACAACCGAUAAAUGUAGCCGAUAACAGAAAUGUACCAUGACUAUAAGUAUGGAUAUUAUUAUUGGAUAGUGGCUUUCCUAGAUAUUUCUAUCAGUUAUUGGACGUGGUUGUUGUUUUGUUAACCGCAGAGACUGACCCUGCGAUGCCUUUGCACCAACUUUAUACUGACUCCCACUUAUACGAUAUUUUUUAUUUGAGUUCUCCUUUUGUUUACCGAGGACGGUACUUGUUUGUAAUAUAUGUGAGAGGAGCCCUGUGUGGUAUUUGCAUGUGGUGACGCAGCAGCACAGCCUCGAAUGUGGAGCAGUUUGAGGUACAGCACAACGGGGUUUAACGUGGGGAUUUAUCUUUUGUUUUUCAUCGUGUUGGACUUUUUAAAAAGGAAAAAAAAAGAGGUUAUAAUAUCAGUCUUUUUCAAGCUACUUCACGACUUGUGUAUCUUUUUAUCAUUUCAUUUUAGAGUUUUUACUUGUAAAAUAUCUUCAUAAAUCAUGCAUUAACUUUCCUAUUGCUUUUUUUUAUGUCUUGGCUUGAAAGCAGUUUACCAAAAGAGAGAUCAUGUUUAAAAAGAAAUGAGAAAAUAUCACGUUGUACAUUUUUCCUCUCUGCUCUGACCAAUAGCAUCCAACACGUUUGUCAGGAUUCAUGCAGUCAAACAAAAAAAAGAUAUAUAUUAUUUAUUGCCGUUUUAUCAUUUUGAAGCUGCUUGUAAGUGGAUCUACCGUCACGUUUCAUGUUGAUUUUGCUCGACAACUUUUUUUUUUGGUUUGUAUUUAUUGUAUUCUGAAGAAGAGAGCUUCCACGUGCAUCACUUAGAGCUCCACAUCUGGUGCAGGUGUUCAACAUUUAUCUGUUUAUUUAUUCCAGUGUCAUAACCCAAGUCUUCAAUAAUAAAGUCCUUAUGAUUUCAUACUCCA